AUUCGCUGUGAAUUUUAUUAGCUCUUGGCACUGGUCGCCUUUCUGCAGCGCAUAUGCUUAGGCUGGUUAUUCAGAGCACGGAAGUUGAAGCUAAGUCAAGUUGCACACUUUAUUCCAAUGCUUGUACUAUCGCGUAACCAUGAUCAGUUGGCACAAGCGCUGAGUGUCGGGUAAAUGAGGGAAGCCAAGGUCUGUGACGUACCCAGCGCAUUUAUAAUUGAUUGGUGCCCUCGCCACCGUGAUGCCACGUUUCAAGAUCUCACCUCUGUUCUAAAUGUACCAAAUAGCUCACUUCACACAGCAAGGUCCGGAAUACGGUUGAUCUUUUCAACACUGCCCAGGCCAAGUGCGCCCGUGCAUUCAUUUUCCUUAUAAAUGCGGCCCCACCACCUCUUAAUCACUUCACGCCCCCCUUACUACACACCAACUCAAUCGUGUUAGUUCACCUUAAUGACAGUCCCGCAAUGGACGAUCACAGACUUCGCUUAUCCGGAGUCGUGGUGGAAGAAUCGUGCCAUCCUGAUGCUGAACAUAUGUCUGAUAUUACCGCUCUUAUCGUCAACGCUUAAUGGCUUCGAUUCAUCAAUGAUAAAUAAUCUACAGAUCUUACCCGGAUGGCAAGAGUACUUCCAUACGCCGCAGGACAUGAAAUUAGGACUCAUCAACUCUGCACAUAGCAUUGGCAUCCUCAGCGGGACUCCAUUUUCUCCUUACGUGUCUGACCUAUUAGGGCGGCGAGCAGCUAUGUUCAUCGGGGCAGUCGUCAUGCUAGCUGGUGUUCUUACCCAAGCCUUAUCCACCAACAUCCAAGUCUUCCUUGGCGCUCGUUUGCUUAUCGGAUUUGGGAUGGCUUUCUCCAUCAAUGCUGCUCCCUUACUCAUCAGCGAACUUAGCUAUCCAACACAUCGCGGAAAAAUGACCUCUCUGUACAAUUCGUUGUGGUAUUCUGGCAGCGCCAUCUCGGCUUGGAUCUGCCUGGGCACUUAUGAUGUUGCGGGGACGUCACCGUGGUCAUGGAAGGCCCCUUCAUUAGUUCAAGCAUUUAUUCCUAUCAUUCAGAUGGUGCUAAUAUGGUUCAUCCCAGAGAGUCCUCGGUUUCUAAUGGCGAGAGGGUUGGAAUCACAAGCUGCACGAGUCCUCGCUCAGCGCCAUGCGAAUGGGGGGGACGAACGCAACGCUCUAGUAGCUUUCGAGCUGGCUCAAAUCCGACAUGCUUUGAACGUCGAACGAGAGUUCGCCUCUGGUAAAUCCUACCUAAGGUGCUUCUCGACUCCCGGCAACAGACAGCGCAUGUUUACCAUUAUAUGGAUCGCAGUAUUCUCGCAGUGGAGCGGUAAUGGUCUGGUGUCCUAUUAUAUCAACACAGUCUUGGAGAGGGUCGGAAUCACCCAGACAAGAACGAAAGCAGCUAUUAACGGCGGUCUGCAGAUUUUCAAUCUAGUCAGUGCGCUGGUGGGCAUGAUGGUGGUGGACAAACUAGGGAGGAGGAAGAUAUUCUUGAUUUCAAACAUUGGCAUGCUGACAGCCUUCUCUAUGUGGACGGUCGCGACCGCUCUUUUUAGUCAGUCCGGGAAUGUGGUAGCUGCGAAAGCUACUGUGCCGCUAAUUUUUAUAUACUAUUUCUUCUACGACUUUGCGUAUACGUCGAUGCUUGUGUUGUAUACGCUCGAGAUUCUGCCUUAUAAUAUCCGUGCCAAAGGGUUUGCAAUCAUGAAUAUGGCUCUCUAUUCGACCAACGCUUUUAACUCGCUCGUCAAUCCUGUGGCACUGAACACCAUAGGAUGGAAAUAUUACCUCUUUUACUGCGGAUGGCUUAUCUUGGAACUCCUGUUCGUGAUGGUGUAUAUCAUCGAGACGAGAGCUCGCACUCUUGAAGAAACCGCCGCUUUAUUCGACGGGGUUAAAGUCCAACGGGGUAUGUUGGAGCGGACCGGCGAAGCUGCCAUGAAUUUGGCUACGUACCCCAGACUUGAGGACGGUGCCGGAACAGUGCAGAGCUGCAGUUCUGCUUCGCCAUCGCAUUUCGGACCUCCGUCUGAUGAAUCUGCUGUUGCGUUUGCCAGAUAAAUUCACGAUCGCAGUUUAUGAUUAUUGUAUGUAUGUAUGUAUGUAUUAAGCGCUCAAAUGCUGCAGAGUUGUGUGUAAUGUUCGGACUUGGCUGAUUGGGGCGAUCAGACUGAGAAAAGCGGUGGAUUAUUCUUAUCAAGUUUCUAGGCCAUUUUAUCGAUGGUGUACACCUUGGGGAUCAUGAUGGUUAUUCCCUCUCCUUUGCCAAGAGGAAUUACAGGCGCUUGCAG